AUGGAUAUCAUUAUAUCAGUUGUGGAUUUGUUGCAGUCCUUUUAUCAUCUACUGCUGUACUCGGCUAAACGUAAGAGAGACAUCACCUUCCCCUUCAUGUGUAAGACUCAGGUAGCGCAUGGUGUGAACUCUCAUGAGAUGGCCAUCAUCUUCAGUGAGGAAGACCUGAAGGAUAUCACACCCCCCUGUGUGGUACAGAGCUUCAUCAACCACAACGCCAUGCUCUACAAGGUGUUCGUUGUGGGUGAGGCGUACAGCGUGGUGGAGAGACCCUCCAUUAGGAACUUCCCCUCUGGACCUACAGACAGAAGAGCGAUAUCCUUUAACAGUCAUCACGUGUCCAAGCCCGAGUCAUCAUCAGACCUCACCUCUCGGGAGAACCUGGAGGGUCAGAGCAGGACGCCUAGUGACGAUGUCAUCCAGAAGAUUUCCAGAUGUUUGAGACAGACUCUUGGUGUGUCGCUGUUUGGGAUUGACAUCAUCAUCAACAACCAGACAGGACAGCACGCCGUCAUCGACAUCAACGCCUUUCCAGGUUAUGAAGGAGUCCCGACGUUCUUCGAUGACCUGCUGACUCACCUGACCAGCAUCCUGCAGGGCCACGCCCCCCUCCGAGCCAACGGCGUGAGCCAGCUGCCCUGCGGUAUGCUGGGAAACGAGAGCGUUGGCUGGAAGAUGGACAGCGAGGUGAUGAAGAAGGGUUCUCAUCAGACUCUGAACUGCUGCAACGCUGAACUGGGUUCCGCCUACCAUCAGCACCGGCGUUCUCCGCUCGCAGCCCACGCCUCCACGCAGUGACCCUGUUUAACCCCUUCCUGACCACUCGCAUCACUUCCUGUAGUGCCUGCACACGUCUAAUGACCAAAGACAUGCUGAUUUAUUUUUGUGUGUGUGUGUGUGUGUGUGUGUGUGUGUGUGUGUGUGUGUGUUAAGGUCGAAGAGGAAAAGAACAAAUCAACAUCCUAGCCAAGUGAUUCAGCUGCUCUGCUUUUUCAGGAACUGGACUUUGUUUACUGUACCGUGCCUUCAGGAUGUGUGAGAGAUCAUUUUAAAGAGAGAGAGGCGGAUAAAGACGAGGGGAUUGUAUCAAUUUAGGCAAAACAGCUGCUUGAGGAGCGCACAGCUCUUUCUCCUCUUUGUGCCUAGGUUACAAGUCAGGACAGAAAAUUGUUUUCACACCUUUUUGGAAAAAACAACAACAACAACAACGACGACGACAGCUCACAUGAUGCACCCACUGUAACCAUGACAACGCUCCCACUAGCUAGACUCCUAGUUAGUAUAGGCUAACUAGCCAUUCAUUACUGUUGUAACAGUAAUAAUAAUAAAAAUUAGAUUUCAUUUUCGGUCGUUAUUGGACCGCGGGUGAGGAGGAGGAAGCGUGUCCGAGCGCUGUAUCUGGAGACAGGAAGCUGCUUGUGCGAAUGCUGUAUAGUCAAAACUGCUGAGUAACAGCAACUCGUCGUUCAUGUUUCUCCUCAUCGCGCAGUCGACGUUUAUAAAUAAACUCAAAUAAAAUAAAACACUCGAACGCAACAAACCUACAAGAAAACCUCCCGCUGAUACAAACACUUCCCUUACGACUCGGCUGCUAGUGACGUUUUAUUUAUCUUUAGCUCGUCUGAACUAGAGUGACGUGUAUUUAAAGAUGAAGCACGCAAACGUUACCUCACGACGCAGAUUCUCAAACGUGCGACUUUUCUGCCGCUUCAGCAGCUGGAGCAGGAUCUUACGUCUCAACGUGAUCUCCACAUGUUCCCCACUGUCACGACUCUGAUCUCAUCAGAAUCGCCGAUUUUAGCGUGAAGCGUGUACGAGUCGACGGUUUCUGCCGCCUUCGAUUUGUACUCGCGGUGUAUUUACAGUAGCGGUAGGGCUCGGCGUCGGCCGCCUAGAGUUCCACAAGCACGAGGACAUCUGAUCUGUGGACUCGACCAACCAGACAGUCGAACACACCCCUCUGUGACGCGCGGCGUUAGCACUGUUGGUUUAAGAUGUGCACUUUGCUAGCUGUUUCAUUUUCUGAGGUAAAAACGGAUAUUAAUGAAAAUUCAAAACCUUUCCGCAAACCACACGAACACGAGCGCUGGAGCCGAGAUUAGUGAGAGAUUAGCGACUCCACAGCAGCAGCGAUAUGAAUUAGCAGCUAGCAGCAGGUGAUGAUGAUGAUGAUGAUGAUAAACCCUCAGUGGUAGCACCUACCUUCAGCGUGUCCUUAAAGAGACACGCUUUAUUGAAUAAAGGAGGUGUAGGAAAGCUCUUUACUUACUUUAAUAACGAUGUUUACGUUGUGCCAAUUUUGUACGUCCUUUAAAUGAAAUGUUUUCUACUGGACUGGAUCAUUUCCUGAGUCCUUGUCCUUACUAACUGCCUGGUUCUAGUCACUCCGGUUUAAAUUAGGAUACUAGUUCGUCUACGGUCUAGGCCACACCCACUUUGGGCUUAACUCCAGAUACAGAUAUGGAUAUUGGGAGCACUUGACAGAGACAGAUCCACUGCGUGGCACUGUGUUACACCGCUACUAUAUACAGUAUACAGAAAUAUGAUUGAAAUCAACUCAGUAUGAAUUAUCUUCAUUUGCACGAAAGGUUUGGGUGAUAAUCUGUGUGUGUGUGUGUGUGUGUGUGUGUGUGUGUGUGUGUGGCGGUGUGGACAAUCAGAACCACCUCUCACACCCUAUCUUUAUUCUUUUAAAUAUGGCUUUAAAAAUGUAAAUAUGAAAAUGGAUAUUUUCACUGUGGGGUUUUAAACACUGGUGUAUAAUUGAGUGUGUGUGAGUGUGUGUGUGUGAUAUUUGUACAUACUGUAAACACUGUCUGUAUUUGUGUAUAUGUUGUUGUGCCACAUUUAAACUACAGAGACGACAUGAUGACGUCACGUUGUGUAGAAAUGGAAUAAAACGGGUGUGGAGAAUAAACAAGGCCAUUGUGAAGGUGUUAGUGGACAGUC